AGGAGGCGAGUCGGGUGGGAAAUGAGUGGAGGGAGGGAGGCUCUUAUCUCGGCGUAAAAUUAGACAUUACCACAAUGAAUCGUGGUUUGUUUUUAUUAAAGUCACUAUUUUGUCUUUUUUGAACGUUGACCGUACAGCUCCGGAGCAACGUUGGCGACAUUGGAGGAUUUGCAAGGCGUUUUAACACCGAUUUUACUUGCGUCGGUCGGAACAUUGCCCGACACACCGAUAACGGUUAAUUAUUUUCCGCAGCCAGAAUGCCGCGGGACAACAAAACUCCUCUUAUCCAGAAAAUAGCAAAGCAAGCCUACGUCACCUUUAAAUGCCUACAAUCUUCGGCCAACGGGGAGAAUAAACUCGUUGCGGACCAACAUAAUGAACUAAUCUCCUUAAUGACCGCGGUCAGGGCUGCUGACCUGAAAAUUGCUCCCCGGAAAACCAAACGGAGCUCCGGGGCAGCGGGGCUCCACAACCCCCCGGUCACCUACAUGCACAUCUGCGAGACGGAGGUGUUCAGCAUGGGGGUGUUCCUGCUGAGGACCGGCGCCUCCAUACCGCUACACGACCACCCGGGCAUGAACGGGAUGCUGAAGGUUCUCUAUGGGAAGGUGAGCGUCCGCUGUUUUGACAAGCUGGAGGAUACCCUGACAGUCAGCACCGUCCCACCUGAUUUCGAGCCUGCGUUGGCUCCGUCCCAGAUGGCUUCCCAGUGGCGCUCCGUGCUCCGCUCCGUCGUCGAGUACUCGGAGAACAGCGGACCAUGCCUUCUUACUCCUCUGCGGGAUAACCUCCACCAGAUCGACACAGUGGAGGGGCCGGCUGCUUUCCUGGAUAUCCUGGCACCUCCGUACAAUCCAGAUGACGGGCGGGACUGUCACUAUUACAAAGUCCUGCAGACUGUGGCAGAGGGGGAAACGGAUGAAAAGAGCAACGAGGAGAAGCAGGGAGAGGAGAAGGAGAAAGAAGACGUGGCAUGGCUGCUAGAAAUCCCUCAGCCAGAGGACUUCUGGUGUGGUGGGGAACCCUACCCAGGCCCUGCAGUUUCUUUCUGAAUGAAACCUCUGAUCAGAGGUACUAUUCUGCCAUAUAUGACAGUGAUAAAAUAUUCAUAUCCUUCCAUCCACAAGGGGAAACAUAGUUUUUUCCCCUGUCGGUCAUCAUUACCUAGGACUCAAAGGGACUGGUUGCCUUGCUCAGGGAUGCUACAGCAGGGCAGAGGCUUAUAGAAACAGGGACUUCAACUCUGACACCCUACAGAGAAUAGGGACCAAUGAACUGCCUUCCACAAAUUGACAAUAAUCUCGUCAGUACUGAGAAAAGAGUUGACACAAGGAAUUUGCAUUCCUAAUAUGGUAUAUUUUCUUUGGACCAUUAUGUUGCCUUGUACACACAUGAAUGUCUUUAGCCAAAUGUUCUGGAAAUGGCGAGGUUUCAUUAGGAUCUCUAUCUUCUGUGAGGCUUGGAAAGCCUUUUACACAUUUUUUCACCCUGUUACAGAGGACUUUCACAUCGUGACGUGUCUUAAAGGGCAAUUCCAGCGCAAAACGAACCUAGGGGUUAUUAACUGAUGUGUACCUACUCUGUCUCUCUCUGGGACAUGUUUUCAUGCUAAUCGAAUGAGUUUGGAGCUUUGACGAGUCGAAAAACGAGCGCCGUGCAAAUUCCCAUACUGUCUGUGGAGAUUCCACGUUCCACGGCGUUUGACUAGUCAUGACUGGUUUCCAAGAUGGCUCCCGCAAGUAAACAUGAACGCCACUGUCUUUAUAAACUAUUUGUACA